CUCGGGCUGCGGACUUCGCUUUCUGUCCGAACUCCUCCGCGUCCCACGCGGCACCAACCCCGCCGCCCAUGGCUCUGAUCAUGGAACCAGUGAGCAAAUGGUCUCCGAGUCAAGUAGUGGACUGGAUGAAAGGUCUUGAUGACUGUUUGCAGCAGUAUAUUAAGAACUUUGAGAGGGAGAAGAUCAGUGGAGACCAGCUGCUACGCAUUACACAUCAGGAGCUAGAAGAUCUGGGAGUCAGCCGUAUUGGCCAUCAGGAGCUGAUUUUGGAGGCAGUUGACCUUUUGUGUGCACUGAAUUAUGGCUUAGAAACAGAAAAUCUGAAAACCCUUUCUCACAAGUUGAAUGCAUCUGCCAAAAAUCUACAGAACUUCAUAACAGGAAGGAGAAGGAGUGGCCAUUACGAUGGGAGGACCAGCAGAAAAUUACCAAAUGACUUUCUAACUUCGGUUGUGGAUCUGAUUGGAGCAGCUAAGAGUCUUCUUGCUUGGUUGGACAGGUCACCAUUUGCUGCUGUGACAGAUUAUUCAGUCACAAGAAAUAAUGUCAUACAGCUCUGCUUGGAAUUAACCACAAUCGUGCAACAGGAUUGCACUGUAUAUGAAACUGAAAAUAAAAUUCUUCAUGUGUGUAAAACUCUUUCUGGAGUCUGUGACCACAUCAUAUCCCUGUCGUCAGAUCCUCUGGUUUCACAGUCUGCUCACCUGGAAGUGAUUCAGCUGGCAAAUAUCAAACCAAGUGAAGGGCUGGGCAUGUAUAUUAAAUCAACAUAUGAUGGCCUCCAUGUAAUUACUGGAACCACAGAAAAUUCACCUGCAGAUCGGUGCAAGAAAAUCCAUGCUGGUGAUGAAGUGAUUCAAGUUAAUCAUCAGACUGUGGUGGGGUGGCAGUUGAAAAAUUUGGUGAAUGCACUACGAGAGGACCCGAGUGGUGUUAUCUUAACUUUGAAAAAGCGACCUCAGAGCAUGCUUACCUCAGCACCAGCUUUACUGAAAAAUAUGAGAUGGAAGCCCCUUGCUCUGCAGCCUCUUAUACCUAGAAGUCCCACAAGCAGUGUUGCCACGCCCUCCAGCACCAUCAGUACACCCACCAAAAGAGACAGUUCUGCCCUCCAGGAUCUCUACAUCCCCCCUCCUCCUGCAGAACCAUAUAUUCCCAGGGAUGAAAAAGGAAACCUUCCUUGUGAAGACCUAAGAGGACAUAUGGUGGGCAAGCCAGUUCAUAAGGGAUCUGAAUCCCCAAAUUCAUUUCUGGACCAGGAAUAUCGAAAGAGGUUUAACAUUGUUGAAGAAGAUACUGUCUUGUAUUGCUAUGAAUAUGAAAAAGGAAGAUCAAGUAGCCAAGGAAGACGAGAAAGCACACCAACCUAUGGCAAGCUACGACCUAUAUCUAUGCCAGUCGAAUAUAAUUGGGUGGGGGACUAUGAAGAUCCAAAUAAGAUGAAGAGAGAUAGUAGAAGAGAAAACUCUCUGCUUCGAUAUAUGAGCAAUGAAAAAAUUGCUCAAGAAGAAUACAUGUUUCAGAGAAACAGCAAAAAAGACACAGGGAAGAAAUCAAAAAAGAAGGGUGAUAAGAGCACUAGCCCAACUCACUAUUCAUUGCUACCUAGUUUGCAAAUGGAUGCACUAAGACAAGACAUCAUGGGCACACCAGUGCCAGAAACCACAUUGUACCAUACAUUUCAACAAUCCUCUCUGCAGCACAAAUCAAAGAAGAAAAACAAAGGAGCUAUAGCAGGCAAGAGCAAAAGAAGAAUCUCUUGCAAGGAUCUUGGCCGUGGUGACUGUGAAGGGUGGCUUUGGAAAAAGAAAGAUGCAAAGAGCUAUUUUUCGCAGAAAUGGAAGAAGUACUGGUUUGUCCUAAAGGAUGCAUCCCUAUACUGGUAUAUUAAUGAAGAGGAUGAAAAAGCAGAAGGAUUCAUCAGUCUGCCUGAAUUUAAAAUUGAUAGAGCCAGUGAAUGCCGCAAGAAAUAUGCAUUCAAAGCCUGCCAUCCUAAGAUCAAAAGCUUUUAUUUUGCUGCUGAACACCUUGACGACAUGAACAGGUGGCUUAAUAGAAUUAACAUGCUGACUGCAGGAUAUGCAGAAAGAGAGAGGAUUAAACAAGAACAAGAUUACUGGAGUGAAAGUGACAAAGAAGAAGCAGAUACUCCAUCAACACCAAAACAAGACAGUCCUCCACCGCCCUAUGAUACAUACCCACGGCCUCCAUCUAUGAGUUGUGCCAGUCCUUACGUGGAAGCAAAACACAGCCGGCUUUCCUCCACAGAGACCUCUCAGUCUCAGUCUUCACAUGAAGAGUUUCGCCAGGAAGUUACUGGGAGCAGUGCCGUGUCUCCCAUUCGCAAGACCGCCAGUCAGCGUCGCUCCUGGCAGGAUUUAAUCGAGACACCACUGACAAGUUCAGGCUUACACUAUCUUCAGACUCUGCCACUGGAAGAUUCUGUCUUCUCUGAUUCGGCGGCCAUCUCCCCCGAGCACAGGCGACAGUCCACUCUUCCAACUCAGAAGUGCCACCUCCAGGAUCAUUAUGGCCCAUACCCGUUAGCUGAGAGUGAGAGGAUGCAAGUGUUAAAUGGCAAUGGGGGCAAGCCUCGAAGUUUUACUCUGCCUCGAGACAGCGGGUUCAACCACUGCUGUCUGAAUGCACCAGUUAGUGCCUGUGACCCACAAGAUGACAUACAGCCACCAGAGGUGGAGGAAGAGGAGGAAGAGGAGGAGGAGGAAACAGCAGGGGAAAACAUAGGAGAGAAAAGCUAAUACACUGCGAGAGUUGGUAGAACCUCUCCAUGCCAAAUCGGAUCCACUUCUGUUGGCACUCAACCAUUGGAAUCACAGAUUGAUAAGCUAAUGUUUAGAGAAUUUAGAUGGAAGAGAGUCGGCACGGCGCAGACUCAACAUCAACCUCUUGCAAGCAACUAAAAUGGCCUCGUCCUUGCUGUUUAUAACAGAAAACAGACUUGUAAAAAGCUUAGAUCAUCAAGUGUUGUGGAUUUGGGGCCUCCGUAAAGGGAUAUUAAGAGGGCAGGCCACUCUUAAGAAGAAUUGGAGCAUUCGACAGUGGGACUAGCAUAAGACCAAAGCCAAUCAAGAUGGAACACAGUAGCCAAAAACUGCCCUUUCUAUGGGAGAACAGAGGGUAAAGGGUCUUGACUGGGCAAGGGCUCUAUGGCGACACUUCAGUUGUGUUCUCCUGACAACAGGAAGAGAGGGAUCAGCACCGAUAAUUAGAAAAUUCUGUCUGUUUAAUGGACUCUUGUCCUGGUUAAGGCAAAGCAGUGGAAGCAAAAUCUGUGUUAAGUGUAUUUGCAUUUUAAAAAUUUGACAUGCUGUAUUAUACUAAAUUAAGUGUAAUCUAUUAAGGCAAGGUGUACACACCCUGCUCCGAAACUCAUAUGUUUAUUCUAUUAUUAAAGCAUAGUCAGGUGUAAGGCAGACUGCUUUCAGUGACACCAAUGAAGGAAAUUACUCAUACCAGGCUUUAUUAGAUUCCUCAGCUAAAAUCCUAACUUUCUCCCUUUUCUUGGCACUUACAUAGAAGUGAUGUCGCCUCUUAAGCUGGAAUGAGCUAGUCUUUUUCUGUAAAAUAUUGCAAAUCUAUAGGCUAUGGUUUUCCAUAUUUGAAAAAGUAUUUUGUCUGGAUGUCUUUUAAACUAGCUUCAGAUAUUAUUUAAUACUAUGUAACUGGGUCCCCUGUGGCUCAAUAUUGCUUAUUUUUCUUCUGUAAUAGAUGUGAAAUUUCCUUUAGUUGGAUAAGAUACACUGUAAUAAUUUAAUGCUAAUUAAUGGAUAUUUCAUACUGUGCAGUGAAAAAAUAAUUUAAUAUUGUAUUAAGAAAUG